AUGGCUACCAACGGCGCCCACUUUGACUUUAUUGUCGUUGGCGGUGGCACCGCAGGCAACGUUGUCGCGGGCCGACUAGCCGAGAAUCCCAAUGUCAACAUCCUCGUUGUCGAAGCUGGUGUUGGUAACCCACAUGAGGUAGAGCAGAUCCUCACUCCCUCUCAGGCCAUGAGUCUGCGCAGCAGCAAGCAUGACUGGGCCUACAAGACCACCUUCGUCAAGCGUGACGACUACGAGCGCGUCGACAUGCCAAACACCCGUGGUAAGGCUCUUGGUGGCAGUUCCUCCCUCAACUACUUCACCUGGAUCCCCGGCUGCAAGUCCACCUUCGACCGAUGGGGCGAAUUUGGCGGCAAGGAAUGGACCUGGGACCCCAUGGUGCCCUAUCUACGCAAGAGUGUCACCUACCACGACGAUGCCGGUCUCUACCCACCUGAGCUCAAGAAAAUCGGAGGUGGAGGGCCCCUCCCCAUCUCGCACGCCGAGCUACUCGACGAGAUGAAACCCUUCCGCGAAGCCCUAAUCAAGGCCUGGAAAUCUCGUGGCGAACCUAUGUCAGAGAAUAUCUACGAUGGUGAGAUGAACGGUCUCACACACUGCGUCGACUCUAUCUACCAGGGCAAGCGUUCGGGAAGUUUCCUCUUUGUCUUAGGCAAGCCCAACAUCACCAUUCUGCCUGAGGUUCACUCUAAGUGCUUGAUCAUCGACGAAGCCAACCGCACCUGUAAGGGUGUAACUGUGAUUGAUGCCAGCGGCAAAGAGCUGAGCUUCUAUGCCACCCGCGAAGUAAUUCUAUCCCAAGGUGUCUAUGAGAGUCCUAAACUGCUCAUGCUCAGUGGUAUUGGUCCGGCCAAAGAGCUGGCCAAACACGGAAUCAACACUAUCGUCGACUCGCGCCAUGUCGGCCAGAACCUUGUUGACCACCCCGGUGUCCCCUUCGUGCUUCGUGUCAAGGACGGGUUCGGCAUGGACGACCACCUCAUGCGCGCUGGCCCCAAGAACCAAGCUGCCGUUGCAGCCUACCAGAAGAACCGCUCUGGCCCCGUAGGCUCUGGUCUCCUAGAGCUCGUCGGCUUCCCACGUAUUGACAAGUAUCUCGAGAAAGAUCCCGCCUACCGCAAGGCCAAGGCAGCCAACGGCGGGGUAGACCCAUUCUCACCCCAGGGCGAGCCGCACUUCGAGCUCGACUUUGUGUGCAUGUUUGGCACUGCAUUCCAGUGGCAUUUUCCCGUACCAAAGAACGGCAAUCACACCUGCGUCGUCGUCGACUUGGUGCGGCCUAUCUCCGACCCAGGAGAGGUCACACUUAAUAGCGCAGACCCCUUCAUGCAGCCCAACAUAAAUCUCAACUUCUUCGCCGACGACCUCGACAUCAUCGCCAUGCGCGAGGGUAUUCGCUUCAGCUACGACGUGCUACUCAAGGGCGACGCUUUCAAGGAUAUCGUUGAAGAUGAGUAUCCUUGGGAUAUGCCCCUCCACUCCGACGAGGAGAUGAAGCGCGCUGUACUAGAUCGCUGCCAGACGGCUUUCCAUCCCUGCGGCACCAAUCGUCUGUCCAAGAGCAUUGACCAGGGGGUGGUCGACCCCCAACUCAAGGUCCACGGCAUUAAGAACCUGCGUGUCGCCGAUGCGUCGAUUAUUCCUGUUAUACCUGACUGCCGUAUUCAGAACUCCGUGUAUGCUGUUGGCGAGAAGGGUGCUGACAUGAUCAAGAGCGACCAUAAGGAUCUCUUUAAACACUAA